UUUCAGGACAUCAUCAGUAAUGUCUAACAAGGAAUUAUUGUUGCGUGUUGAACACGUGAAAUAUCGUAUGCCAGGUGCUGCUAAAUCGCCUAUUGGUACCUUUUAUGUUUACGAAGAUCGGAUUGAGUGGCUGGAUAAUGCUUCGGACGAGAAGCUUGUCGUCUUUUUUAGCGAUAUUAGAGGACAGCGAAUUUCGCCACCAAACAAAACGAAAACACAGCUCCAAAUAUGUAAGCAUGAUGAAGAACAAGCAACAUUUGUUUUCGUUAACCCACUUGGGAAGGAGAUGCAUGUAAAAGACCGCGAUUUGGUAAAAGAAAUGUUACAACAGGCGCUUAUACAUCAUAGACAGAUCGUUAGUCAGAAUGCUACACAGUCGCUGAAGUACAGUAAAACGAAAGAGUUAGAGGCAAAGAAGAAGAUUUUAGAACGCAACAAACAUUUGCAAGAACUAUACAAACAUUUGGUUGCGUCGAAACUGAUAUCUGCUCAAGAUUUCUGGAGCGAAUAUUAUCAAAAUAAGGAUGCAGACGGCGGGAAACUGGGUGUUUCAAGUGGGUUCCUAAGCAGCAUUGCGCAAUCCGAAGGCACGAACGGAGUCAAAUUAAAUCUCAACAUUGAUACAAUUCAGAGUAUAUUCAGAACCUACCCAGCAGUAGAAAGGAAGCAUCUGGAACUUGUGCCACACGAAAUGACAGAGCAAGAAUUCUGGGCCAAGUUUUUUCAAUCACAUUACUUUCAUCGUGAACGUGAGGUAGCGCCUAGUCCAUCCGAUCCAUUUGCUGACUGCAUUAAAGCUGAUAAUGCAGAAAUGCGUAAACUAUUGGAUACGAAGAUUGCUCAUAAAACUCUCGAUUUUUCGUACAUCCACGAUGAUCCUUUAAUUAACAACAUAUCAUCUUUAUCGGAGUAUGCUUCGUCAACAAAAGACACCCUGAUGAAAAGGUUCAAUUAUCAUUCAGAGCGGGUUCUGCUAACUACUGCCGAAAAUGAAGUACCAACUGUUGCCGAUUUGGAAGGACAAAUGAAUGAAGAAAGCACAAAAAUAGAUCCGAAAUCAAGGGAAGAGGAUGAAAAUGAAAUAAUGUUAGAAAGUGAGGAGUUGAGAUCAGAUAAGCAUGAGGAGGAAUUAGACCUUAUUUCAUUCGCAGUGGGUGGUGUAGUCAGACCAGCAAAGCAUUAUACUGAUGGACAAGCACGAGCUUAUCGGGAUAUUGUGCAAAGGGUAUGCGAAGCUAUGCCAGAGAACGAUGAUUAUGAUGACGAUUUAGAGGACGAUUCGGAUAGUGAUUAUGAAGAUCUCUUAAGAUUAGCCACUGCUGUCACGGAAGCAUCAGGUAAGAACAUUACAUCAGAGUUGACUGCAACAGAUUUGGUUGACCUACAAGCAAUCCAUGAUUCUGUUGCCGAGCUAUUGAAGCAUUUCUGGAUGUGUUUUCCGCCGAUGAAUCCUGAUAUGGAUGAAAAAUUAAAAAGGAUGAAUAUAACUUUGCGGAAUUUUGAAGAAACUAAAAUUGCUUCAGCAGAGGAACGAUUUGGGAAAAAAAAUCUUGCACACUGUCGACAAAUGCUCAGUUUCGCUUAUGCGCGUUAUGACGCAUAUUUGCAGAAAAAGAAGAAGUAGGUCUUUUGUUAGAUCUAGUUUUUGUUUUUGGCGAAUGAAGGUAGCUGUAAAUGAUUUUCUGUAUGAGUAUACUUGCUUAGAAAAUAUCGAAUUAUUGCGUGGGG